GUGGGGACCGGCAGCGGGCCGGGCGGCUCUGCAGUUGGAGGGCGCCACCCCGCUGCGUGCACGCGCCUCCCUCGGGACUGCGCGCGGGGGGAGGGAGAGGCGGGAGCGCGAUGACGUCUCCGGGACGCCGACAGGUUCCUAUUGCCGCCGCCUCCGCUGCUGCCGCUGGGGUUAUCCGAGAUGGUGAAUUGAAGAACUAAGUUUUUUCCAAGAUGAACAAAGUAAAAACAACAUCAGAGAAAAGUCUUACUAACAAUUCUCGGAUUGUGGGUCUGCUGGCACAGCUGGAGAAGAUUAAUUCAGAAUCUUUGUUGGUAGAAGCAGACACUGCCAGAUAUGUUACCUCAAAGAUCCUUCAUCUGGCUCAGAGUCAAGAAAAAACCAGGAAGGAAAUGACUGCCAAAGGUUCCCCAGCAAUAGAAGUUAUCCUUUCAACAUUAGAGAAUACAAGAGAUCUUCAGACUACUCUAAAUAUAUUAAAUAUCCUCAUUGAAUUGGUGUCAGUUGGUGGUGGUCGGAAAGCAAGUGUCUUAGUUUCUAAAGGAGGGACGCAGAUCUUGUUGCAGUUACUUUUGAGUGCCAGCAAAGAUUCCCCACCCAAUGAGGAGUUAAUGGUGCAGCUUCAUUCCCUUCUUGCAAAAAUUGGUCCAAAAGAUAAAAAAUUUGGAGUAAAAGCUCGAAUCAGUGGUGCUCUAAACAUAUCUCUGAAUUUGGUGAAACAGAAUUUGCAGAACCACAGGUUAAUCCUGCCAUGUCUUCAAGUACUAAGAGUAUACUCAACCAACUCUGUAAAUGCAGUAUCCUUGGGGAAAAAUGGAGUUGUGGAACUGAUGUUCAAGAUCAUUGGCCCUUUUAGUAAAAAGAAUACUGGCCUUAUGAAGGUUGCUUUAGACACACUUGCUGCAUUGCUAAAAUCAAAAACGAAUGCCAGGAGAGCGGUAGACAGAGGAUAUGUCCAUGUGCUUUUAACAAGUUAUGUAGAUUGGCACCGUCAUGAUAAUCGACAUAGACACAUGCUGAUCCGUAAAGGAAUUUUACAGUGUAUUAAAAGUGUUACAAAUAUCAAGUUGGGAAGGAAAGCGUUUAUUGAUGCCAAUGGGAUGAAAAUUCUUUACAACACUUCCCAAGAUUGCCUUGCUGUGAGAACUCUUGAUCCUCUAGUCAACACAUCAAGUCUUAUAAUGAGAAAAUGUUUUCCUAAAAACCGUCUUCCACUACCAACUAUUAAAAGUGUUUUUCAUUUCCAACUACCAGUUAUCCCUAUUAGUGGUCCUGUGGCUCAGCUGUACAGUUUGCCUCCUGAAGUGGAUGACGUAGUAGAUGAAAGUGAUGACAAUGAUGACAUCGAAACAGAAAGUGAGAUUGAAAAUGAAAAUGAAGAUGACAAGGACCACCUUUUUAAGAACGACGAUAUAGAGACUGAUAUUAAUAAACUGAAACCAAGGCAAGAAUUGGGACGACCCGUAGAAGAACUAAAAAUGUAUGAACAAUUUUUCCCAGAACUUUCAGAUAACUUCAAGGAUUAUGACUUAGUCUCCAAGGAACCAAAGCCUUUUGCAUCUGAUGCAAAUCUAGGUGGACCUAUUGUUGUUCCUACUGCAGGAGAGGAGCAGUCUGUAGAACCAAAUCACUCAGUCAAGGGAAUUACUGUGAAAGAGAGCAAUCACUUGCAAGCAGAGGAGUGUAAUAAAAGGCCAGCCUUUUUGGAUCUGCCAAAGAAAGAUCGCAACAAAGACAAUAGCUUACAGCAGCAAAGUGAUCAAAAGAAACUGCUUUCGUCAUGUCAGUGCCUAAGCUAUGAAAUAGUGAAAGGCUUAGACAGGAUCACUUUGCAGAAUACUUCAAAAAAUGAACAGUAUUACAAAACAGGGUGCGUAAUGAAGAAAGAAAGCAAAACUAGCCUUACCUCACUCACUUGUAAUAAACCUUGCCAACAUGUUUCAUCUUGCGGAAGUGUUCUGUUUGAGGGACGAUCUGUCCAGCUGGGAAAGCUGUGCUUCACGGGUGUUGAUCCUGAAGAAGAGGAUGAUUCCAGCUCGCAUUCAUCAGGGGAGCAAGUGAUGCUUGAGGUGCCUGAUAUAUUGCCACUCCAUGACCCUGAUCUUUAUAUUGAGAUUGUGAAAAACACAAAGUCUGUCCCUGAAUAUUCAGAAGUGGCUUACCCAGAUUACUUUGGUCACAUUCCACCUCCAUUUAAGGAGCCUAUCUUAGAAAGACCUUAUGGUGUGCAGAGGACAAAAAUAUCCCAAGAUAUUGAAAGACUGAUUCAUCAGAAUGAUAUUAUAGACAGAGUCAUGUAUGACCUUGAUAAUCCCAGUUAUUCAGUGCCAGAAGAGGGGGAGAUUUUGAAGUUCAACUCCAAAUUUGAGUCUGGAAAUCUGCGCAAAGUUAUUCAAAUUAGAAAAAACGAGUAUGAUCUCAUUCUGAACUCAGAUAUAAACAGCAAUCACUAUCACCAAUGGUUUUAUUUUGAAGUCAGUGGAAUGCGGCCAGGCAUUGGUUACCGGUUUAACAUCAUCAACUGUGAAAAGUCGAACAGUCAGUUUAAUUAUGGUAUGCAGCCCCUCAUGUAUUCUGUUCAGGAGGCGUUAAAUUCCAGGCCAUGGUGGACUCGUGUUGGGACAGAUAUUUGUUACUAUAAGAAUCACUUUGCUAGAAGUUCAAUUGCUGCUGGUGGUCAGAAAGGAAAAUCCUAUUACACAAUUACAUUCACAGUGAACUUCCCACACAAGGAUGAUGUCUGCUACUUUGCUUACCACUAUCCAUAUACGUAUUCGACUUUAAGGAUGCAUCUUCAGAAAUUGGAAUCCAUGCACAACCCUCAGCAGAUCUAUUUUCGACAAGAUACUCUGUGUGAGACCCUGUCUGGGAACAGCUGCCCUUUAGUCACUAUCACAGCCAUGCCGGAGUCGAAUUACUAUGAACAUAUCUGUCAGUUCAGGAAUCGUCCUUACAUUUUCUUAUCUGCUCGUGUACAUCCUGGAGAGACUAAUGCAAGCUGGGUUAUGAAGGGAACAUUGGAAUAUCUUAUGAGUAAUAACCCCACUGCCCAGAGUUUACGAGAAUCCUAUAUUUUUAAAAUUGUCCCUAUGCUCAACCCAGAUGGUGUCAUCAAUGGAAACCAUCGCUGUUCUUUAAGUGGGGAGGAUUUGAACAGACAGUGGCAAAACCCAAACCCAGACCUUCAUCCCACAAUUUACCAUGCCAAGGGCUUACUACAAUAUUUGGCUGCUAUAAAACGUUUGCCUCUGGUUUACUGUGAUUAUCAUGGUCAUUCUCGUAAAAAGAAUGUAUUCAUGUAUGGCUGCAGCAUCAAAGAGACCGUGUGGCACACUAAUGUUAGCGCUGCCUCUUGUGACCUGAUUGAGGACCUUGGUUAUAGGACUCUUCCUAAGAUUCUCAGUCACAUUGCCCCAACAUUCAGCAUGAGCAGCUGCAGUUUUGUAGUGGAAAAGUCCAAGGAAUCGACAGCACGUGUAGUUGUCUGGAGAGAGAUAGGAGUACAAAGGAGCUACACAAUGGAGAGCACGUUAUGCGGCUGCGAUCAGGGCAAAUAUAAGGGGUUACAGAUAGGGACACGAGAACUGGAAGAGAUGGGAGCCAAAUUCUGUGUUGCCUUACUGCGUUUGAAAAGACUGACCUCUCCACUGGAAUUCAAUCUGCCUUCUAGCCUCAUUGACAUUGAAAAUGAGUUGAUUGAAUCAAGCUGUAAAGUAACAAGCCCCACUACAUAUGUUCUGGAUGAAGAUGAGCCUCGCUUCCUUGAAGAAGUUGAUUAUAGUGCAGAGAGUAAUGAUGAGCAAGACAUUGAAUUGGCUGAUAAUGCAGGCGAUUAUGAACCCUCUGUUCAGGAAGAGGGGCUUUCUGACUCAGAAAUGACAAGGACACACCUGCCUUGAGCCAUCUUUGUAGACGCAAAGAAGAAAAUGAAUAUCCUGGUUUUUAGUGGACAGGAAACAGGGAAGUGUCUGGCUUUCAAGAGGGUUGGCUCAAAGAGACAGAAGUAAUUGAAGCCAGUUUAGCUGAAAGACAAUAAAUGUGUUUCUGAUUUAUGAUACUAUUGGCAUUUGUUUUAUUUAAGGGAUUCAGUGCCUUCAUUUGGCACUGACUAUAUCAAACAAUUGCUUUACUAUUUCAUUUUCUACCAAGUAUUGUUGCAUGGCUUUUUGUGUCCUUAACCCUCUAUAAUCUCCAACAAAUGGAUUAUAAAUUGUAGUGUGUCGGGUACAGAAAUUAAUAUUAAAAUUCCUUGUGGUACAUACCUUUGAGUUUCUUCCUGAAAAAUACAUAUGUACAGGUUUUUUAAUUAAUUUGUGUGUUUAUUGAGGCUGAGGUUUUUCUUCAGAAUUAUGUUAAAUGUUGGAUUGUUUGAAGUAAUGCAGAGCUUGCUUUGAAACAGUUUAAUUCUACAGUUACUAAAUUAAACAAAAAUGAAAAUGUGAUCAAUUGUUGCGCUUGUUUCUUGAUCCUUUAAUACACUAAGCUUAUACAGUUUUACAGCAGCCAUAAUUUAAAAUAUACAGUGAUCUAAAUUGCCUUUUUAAAAAAGAAAGUUAUUCUUGCAAGAUGGUUCAGUUAGUCCACUAGUCAGAAGCAUUUUAUGGUGGCUACUGCACCUGCACCUACUACGAAUUUUAUGUUUGCAUAAAACUCUUCCCUGAAACACAGCAUCUCAGGAGAAGAGAGAGUGUUCAUCUCCACAAUCAGUUAAUUUUUAGCUUUGGAAACAAGUUUACUCAGUGACAAGAAUUGGCUAAAUGUGUAUACUGUCUGUAUAUUUUGCUACCUAUUUGUUAACAACUUUUCUUAUUUAAUAUUCUUGUCAAAUUCUUGUAUUGUCAAAAUGAGUUCAGUUCAUUCUGGGCAUGUUUUUUAAGGGGAAAGGUGGUAUCCAUUUUGGUUUAGAGCAGGGGUCGGCAACCUUUCAGAAGUGGUGUGCUGAGUCUUCAUUUAUUCAUUUUAAUUUAAGGUUUCGCGUGUCAGUAAUACAUUUUAAUGUUUUUAGAAGGUCUCUUUCUAUAAGUCUAUACUAUAUAACUAAACUAUUGUUGCAUGUAAAGUAAAUAAGGUUUUUAAAAUGUUUUUAAGAAGCUUCAUUUAAAAUUAAAUUAAAAUGCAGAGCCCCCCGAACUAGUGGCCAGGACCCGGGCAGUGUGAGUGCCACUGAAAAUCAGCUCGCAUGCUGCCUUUGGCACACGUGCCAUAGAUAGCCUACCCCUGGUUUAGAGUCUUCCUGUGAGUCAGAUUGUCAUGUUCUGGGAAUGAACAAAGUAUUUUUGCACCUCCCCUCCACCUCUACUGCUCCAUUUUUGCUUAGAAUAAGAUUUAAUGUGGAGCUGAAGUUGCUGCCAAAUAUUUAUAAAACUGAACUUUUGCUACAGCAAAAAGUUAAUUAUCCUUACUUAAUGUGACCCAGUUCUGACUCUUUAUUUUUUGAAAAUGGUUGUAUUGCAUAAGGGAAAAUCUAAAAGCAUCAAGCAAUAUCUUUCUGUACUGCAACAGGUCCCUAACUAAAGAGCGAUUUUUAAGUGUCAGCAGUGCAAAUGAAAUUGAUGUGUGUUUUUCUUUUCUUUUUUUUUCUUCUUCUUUUUAUUUGGUACAUGAAAUAAAAACCAUAGAGAGCAAGAUGGCCCAGGGGAUGGUCAGUGGAAAUGUGAAACCUUUUACCAAUAACUCACUGUUUCAAAUCCAGUUUAGGUAGGUAGCAACAGACUGUGCCAUCUUGGUUUUGAAAUUGGGGUAGAGGAGAGAAAUGCUGGCAUAUUUGCCCUUGAAAUAGAAAUGGCGUGCUCUUAUGCUUAUAUUUUUUAAAAAAUUAAAUGAUCAGCUAUGAGAAGUAAGGGAAUGAUAGAACCACCUAUAUACUCUCUCCUCCAACUUUUUCUUUUUAAGGACUGACCGUCUUAAUUGUUCUGUCACCUAUAUUGGAUGAGUAGGCAGGCUCAGUCCACUCCCUGGUGAGAAGGUGGUCAGUCAGCAAAGUGACCAUCACAAUUGGCACUUUUGGCAAUAAUGAGAGACCAGGCACUGAACCUAGUACUCUUAUCCCCUCUUACCACCUAGAGGUCAUUUCUCUAGGUCAGGAUUGAGACAUAUUAGCAGGGCAGUCUAGGGAAGCUCAUAUUGCUCCCAUUGUAUUGUACCUGUUCUGUGUAUGAAUAGACCUUCAGUCUCCAGAACUCUUACUCUAGCACCUUGCAUAAGUAAUAAAUUCACUUAAAUUAACUUGCUGUAUUAACACAGCAAGUUAAUCAGCAUCUCUGUGUGUAGAUUGACUUAGUAGUAAUAUAGUAUCAGAAGGGUAGCCGUGUUAGUCUGUAUCCACAAAAACAACAAGGAGUCCGGUGGCACCUUAAAGACUAACAGAUUUAUUUGGGCAUAAGCUUUCAUGCAUCUGAAGAAGUCUGUUUUUUACCCACGAAAGCUUAUGCCCAAAUAAAUCUGUUAGUCUUUAAGGUGCCACCGGACUCCUUGUUGUUUUAGUAGUAAUAUAGAUUUCAACACUUUAAUACUGUGGCCUGAUUACAUUUAAUUAAUACAUUCCUAAUGUUAAGAACUCCAUGGUCUCAAUAGUGCAGUAUCCUUAAUGCCCAUCCCAAGUAAGUGUGUCUGUGUGUAUAAGCUCUGUUUGGACUAGUGGUUCUGGAAGAUGAGACAAAAGAAGUUAUAAAUGACUACUGAAUACAUAUUUAUUCAGGGCGUUCGUUACAAACGGACACUUAAAUACAAGUCUGAAAUGUAAACACAACAAUGUUUCAUUUUCAGUCUAGGUUUUGAGAGGCUAACUGAACCUUGAAUCCAUUGUGCAUGAGAAUUUCAAGAGCAUGUUUUGUAUACCGUACUGUACAUGACUCAGUAUCUAGGUGCUAGUUAUGACGGAUGGAAUUCUAGUCUUAAUUCUAAAUUUUCUUUUUUUUUUUUUUUUUUGACUCAAUAUUCUUGCAACAUAUUUUUGGUAUUACAUGAUGGCUUUAAUACAACCAUGACAGAGUCUUCAUAAGGAAAGAGGCUAUGCCUUUGCCUCCCUCCAAAAUAAUGAUGAGUUUUAGUAACAUAAGCAUGCAUCUGGCGAAGUGGGUAUUCACCCAUGAAAGCUUAUGCUCCAAUACGUCUGUUAGUCUAUAAGAUACCACAGGACUCUUUGUCGCUUUUUACAGAUCCAGACUAACACGGCUACCCCUCCGAUAUAAGCAUUUGAUUUUGAUUGUGAUAUUUACUCUAUGCUUCUGAAAACUGAAUGCUUUGCAUUGCUAGAUAAUGAAUUUCAGUAUUCCCCAUCCAGGUGUGAUACAGAGACUGUAACACAAACUUGAUAUUCUUCCUUCACCAGUGACAUCUUUCCUUGAAUGUAAUGUAAUUUUCAAAGAUUGCCAUUUAUGCCAAUUUGUAUGUGGUGGUUUUUUGGAUGUGAAAUAUUGUGCAAGUCUAAUUGAACAAAAAGAACCAGUGUUCAUUUCAAAUAAGGCAAUAGUAGCAGUAAACACUUACAAAAUCAAAAAAAUUCAGUAUCUGAUAUCUUUUCAUUGUAAUGCUGUACUAGACACAAUUGUGGCAGUAUUAUUGUGCAUGCCCACAUAUAAAUAUAUUAAGAAAAUAUAUAAUAAAGGAAUCAUUAUAAUC